AUGAAUGGAACAAUACGAGUUGUGAAAAGGAUACCGAUCAAGUCGAGAGUCAAGACACCGUAUCUGAAUCAGCCAGUUGGAGUAUCCCUUCCGAGCAAGAAACGUUACACAAUAAACACUCCACUUCCCGGGGUGAAACCAAAAGAAUUCCCUGGAAUCGAUGAGCUAAGAGAGAUGAAAAAACGAGUGAUUACUGAUAGAAAAAUUUCAAUUGUGCCCACUGUGCCUGAGUCACUUUCCUGUGAGACAUUUCUUCUCACUCAACCACUUCGAAACUCACCACGAACACGUUAUGUGUUAAGGAUUCCGAAACGAGUUCCAAUCGGCUCUUUACCAUCACCACCGACUAUACCACCGUCAGCUCCAAACGAAACGAUUCAUUGGAAUGUGCCCACACAGCUUGAAGUUCAUUGUAUACAUCAAGAUUGUUUUUGGAAAGGUAAUUCGGAGGAUGAGUUUAACUCUCAUCUACACAAAAGACAUCCACACGAUUUUGGGGUGAAAAAGACUUUACCUACAAAGCGAUCAUCUGGAGUUCGCUGUUCGGAAUGCGAUGCAAUCGUUUAUUCUCGUGCUCUUCUUUUAAAACAUAUGGGCACAGCGCAUGCCAUCGCUCUACCAUCCUUUUCUAGAGUCUUUCAAACCGAAGAAGAACUCUCGAGUUGGCUCGAGAAUGUACGUGAUGCUUUUUGUGUGGAUUUCGUCACAGGCUCUGGCCCGAAACAGUGGUCAAGUGGAGCGAAAAUCUCCUACUUGGUCUGUUCCCGAAGCGGUGACAUUAAAGAGCGACGGACGAAGAAAUUCUGUCGACCGACGCGAAUGACGAUAAAAUGUGGAAAAACGUGUACAGCUUAUUUAAAGAUGAGAAAGGGUGAGGGUGAAGAUGAGACAGCUCCGUUCGCUGUUGAAGGAUGUCUUUACCAUACAGGACACAAUAUCACUCCAGCUAGAAUCAGUCUAACCGCUGAAGAGAUCGAGGCGGUGUCGGCGGUUUUGGAGAAAUUCGGGGAAAACGCGGCCGAUUAUCCGAUUGAAGAGAUUCGCGAGUUACUUGGCCCAAAUGCUCCGCGUUUUCGUCUAAUCGAGGAUCAAGAGUUACUCGAGGCUUUACCCAAAUGGAUAUAUCUGGCAAAUGAAUGGAAAUAUAAGGGCGGUCGAACCGAAGCCGAUCAACUCGCGGACACGAUCGUUUUUGCGAUGGGCCCAAGUCGGAAUCCGAUGAAUGUACAACACGGUGAACACGUUUCUUUCAAUCGACCCCCACCAACAUAUCGACAAGAUUACAAUUACGAGUUGAUCGAGGAUGAAGGGAUCAACGGAAUGCUCUACGAGAGUGAGCUAAAUGCGGAAAGCGAGCAUGACUCAAUGAUCAAUGUCACCGAUGAUUUUGUUUUA